AUGGCUCCAUCAGCUAUCACCGAGCUCACUCUGUCCGAGACGGUCUCUACGCUUCCUGUCAAGGGCAAAUGUCUCCCCAAAGACGAAUUUACCACGUUCAACGGAGUCUCGCCCGAGUGUUCGAAGAAGACCGAAUUCCUGCUUGACCGUAACCUCCACAAGUCAUUCCCGGUCGUCAAGAGCGGCAAAGGCAACUACCUCCAGCUUGCGGAUGGCCGUAGCAUCUUCGACGCAACAUCUGGGGCUGCUGUGUCUUGCUUGGGAUAUGGAAACCAGAGAAUCAUCGAUGCCAUGACAGCCCAGCUGAGCAGUGGCAUUCCUUACCUUGCUUCUACUUUUUGGGCCUCGGAAGUCGUUGAGGAGCUGUGUAAGGAGUUGAUAGAUGGCACGGGUGGGAAAAUGGCCCGGGUUUACUUGACCGGUUCGGGUUCUGAGGCAGUGGAAUCUACCAUCAAGCUUUGCCGCCAAUACUUCUAUGAGAAGGACAAUAAGACAUCUCGUGUGAACUUCAUUGCCCGCGAGCACUCUUAUCAUGGCAAUACCAUUGGAGCUUUAGGCAUGUCUGGACACGUCGCCAGGAGAGCACCAUACAAACCAUUCCUCAUGGACAACGUGCAUCACGUGUCUCCCUGCAAUGCCUACAGACAAUGCAGAGAUGGAGAGUCGGACGCUGCUUUCGUGGCCAGAAAGGCGGCAGAACUGGAGGCCAAAUUCCUAGAGCUAGGCCCAGAAACAGUCAUCGGUUUCGUAGCAGAACCAAUUGUGGGGGCUGCAUUGGGCUGUGUACCAGCCGUCCCAGGCUAUCUGAAGGCUAUGAGAGAUAUCUGCCACAAGUACGGAGCACUCUUCAUUCUGGAUGAGGUUAUGUCUGGCAUGGGCCGAUCCGGUACUCUGCAUGCGUGGCAGGAUGAGGACGUCGUCCCUGACGUUCAGGCAGUCGGCAAAGGUCUCAGUGCAGGCUACCAGCCAGUUGCUGCUGUACUCAUCUCUCCAAAGGUUGUCAGUGCGUUCUUGAAUGGCAGCGGUCAAUUCAUCCAUGGACAAACUUUCCAGGGCAUGCCACUUCAGGCUGCUGCGGCACUCGAAGUCCAGAGAAUCCUGCGUGAAGACAACCUGAUGGAGAACGUUCGCACUCAAGGUACGUACCUCGAGAAGCGUCUCCAGGAUCUUCUGGGAGACCAUCCCAAUGUGGGAAACAUCCGUGGGCGAGGACUCUUCUGGGGCAUCGAGUUUGUCAGGGAUAAGCAGACCAAGGAACCAUUCUCUGUCAAGAUGGGCAUUGCUCAAAAGGUGCACAACACUGCGAUAUCGGCACCGUUCAACAUGACUAUAUACCCAGGCACUGGAACCGCCGAUGGCAUCGAUGGGGAUCAUGUUAUCCUGGCGCCGCCCUACAACAUCACCCAGGCAGAUGCAGAGUACAUUGCCAAUGUCACUUCCGAGGUCAUUCACAAGGUUUUCCAGUUCCAGUAA